GAGGAAAAAGAAAGUGUGACCACUCUGGAGAACACGCGCGUCUUGCUAUCAGAUAUUUAAACUACGAAUAAUAUAACCCCGCAAAAGCAGACUAUCUGAGUCACUGUUUCCGGCCGCACAUGAAAAUAUAACCUGCGCUCCCGGAGCGCAAUUUUCAUAGCAGGUUAGAGCUGAGUAAGAAGAUGACAGGAACACUGAAGCAUUUAACAAUUUAUUCAUUACUUCAAUUGCUAUCAGCAGAAGUGACUAGGCUUCCCCAGCAGGGCGUGAAAUGUGUAGAACAAGACCAUGGCACUCCACCUGCAGAAUGGUUAAAGGAACAUGCCCUCACCCCCUCUGAUCUCCGGGACCUAACUGUCACAGUGUUUCAGAAUGAGCAUUUACCCAAAUCCACAGGGCCAUCUUUGAACAUCAGCUGGUCCGUGAGUACAGAUGGAAGCCUUCAGUUUCUUAAAGCAACUAUCAUCAAUAUAAAUGGGAAACAAUUUAGAUGUAAUUAUUUACAUCCUUUUAAUGAAUGUUCCUCUCAAGAUCAGUGGUGGUUCCACUUCACUGAUUACAUUGCUAAGCCUGAAAGCGAAUAUUUGGUAUCUGCUCUUAACAUUCCUCCACCAAACAUUAAAGGAGAAGAACCUAAAAAACACAGAAGAAUUAAAACACCAAGCUGCAAUGAUGAAAGAAUGAAACACCACAGAUAUUGUGUUGAGAGAGGAUCCACGUGGGAACCAGAUAUUCAUGCCAUCAUAAGAUAUGGUCAAAUUGAGAUGUCCUUUAUACCCAGUAGACUUUCCAAAACAUACUCCAUUGCUUCACUUAACUGCAAAGACUGUUUGGAAAAUGUCCCAUAUUGCUGUUUACUUAUUGAUGAAUAUGAUAUUUCUGUGGAGAAUGAUUCCAGAAUAUCUACAAGAAUAACUGCAAGUGAAGAUUGUAAAUCCAUGCUCAUUGAGAUAAUUCCAUAUUUUGAUGGGUGUAAAAGUGAUUGUAGAAGACUGUAUGAAAAGGUGGACUGCAGCCAAAUAGAAGAAACCACUCCUAUGCCUUUCAAUGUUGGGUGUGGGCAGUGA